CCAGCCUCUGUCUCUUUGUCUCUCUCUCUCUUUGUCUUUCUCUCUCUGGGAGCAACGUGGUGUAGUAGAUAAACUAACAGGCUUAGAUUUGGCUUCCAGGCUUUGUUUUGCUAUCUAUAAGCUAUGCGACAUCUGGUAAAACUUCUUGGAGCCUUGGUUUCCUCAUUUGAAAAAUGUGGGCAAUUCAAUAAAUGAGCGAGCUGACUCACCUGUAAGAUGCCUUCUAGCUCUGUCAUUCCAAGAUUUAAUGAGGGAAAAGAAAAUGAAAAACAAAUUUCCUAUGCAUUCAGUACAAUGAGAGGGAUACGCAUUCCCUGAAGACAGAGGCUCGCUCACUUCCCUUCUACUCUCUGAGCACUUGGUCACAGGUCUCAGUUCUUCACUGAUGUGUCUCAGACGGAUGGGAAAGACAUGAGUAAAAUGACAAAAAGACCGAUAAGCGUGGAAGGAGCUGGGGGUGGGGGCAGCGGGAGCAGCAGGUCUCGGUCAGGGGGCGAGGGCUGGAGCGGGGCGGUCUGCCCAGAAAUGGGCAAAGGUCCCGUGAGUGUAAACAGAGAUGGGAGGGUUCAGAGGCAGCUCUUCCCCAAAGCCAAGUUCAGCCGCUGUGUGAGGGCUAGAGAGGAGGGAGUCUUCGUUGGAGGCAAGGUCUUGAAUAUAAAUCUUCAGAGACGCGAUUGGUGACACUAAUCCACGCGCGGCCCAGCUGCAGUCUCCGUCCCCUCCCCCCCACAUCCACUCGUCUGCGCGGCUUGGUAUGCUCCGCCACCACAAUCAGCCUCCUUCCUCUGGCGUGCUAUUGGUACAGCCCAAGCUCUGAGGGUUGAAACACAGAAAGACACGCCCCUUGUCACGCCCGCUUUCUCUGAUUGGCUAGAAAAUUUAAAGCUCCUGCAGGUGAUAGGAUAAUUCUCUACUCCCAAAAUUUGAAAGUUUCCAGUGUGCUUCUUUUGCCUGAAGUCCGACAUUUCUCAACUGGUUCGUCCGAGUGCUGGCACAAGUGAGUGUCCACCUGAUCCCAGACCUGGGAGUCAGAACGUUCUUCUUCUAGGGGUCCCUGCCGGGAGGGUGCAUACGAAUGAAUCAGACGGCGCGUGGACUGGUUCCCGGAAGCCAGGGUCCCUCCGCUAUUUCCGUAGCCAAAUAUUUUCUACUUCUACCCCACCUUAGAGAUGGGAAGCACGAGAGCUUCCGAAUACACGAUCUCUGACUCCCACCAGCCGUUGUGGUCUCUUUCAGCCUGUUUUCCACUUCUGUACAUGGGAAAUAGUGACACUAGCUUGACUACAUAUAAACCAGCGAAAGUAGCUGGGAGAGGGAAGGCGCUGAUAACAUGUCCAUCCUACUUACCUCCACAAACCUGCAGAGGCGGCGGCGAUGCUUUCGGGCACCCAGGCAGCGGCCGCAGAAUGCGAGGAUGGAGAACUGCGGUGCCGUGUGACUCUGGAGGAGCUGAGCCCCGGUGGGCAGGCGCGAAGGCGCCAGUCCCUACGCACCGCGGAGCUGAGACUGGGUCGUAACGAGCGCCGCGAGUUGAUGCUGAGGCUGCAGGCGCCUGGGCCCGCUGGGCAGCUGCGCUGCUUCCCCGUGCGCGCCGCGCGCCUCUUCACCCGCUUCGCUGCAGCCGGGCGCAGCACUCUGCGGUUCCCCGCUGACAGCACUCUCCGGGCCAGCGCGGUCCAGCUGCUGCUCUCGGAUUGCCCCCCAGACCGCCUGCGCCGCUUCCUGAGUACGCUGCGCCUCAAGCUGGCGGCGGCCCCGGGUCCCGGGCCGGCCUCCGCCCGCACACAGCUGCUUGGCCCGCGGCCCCGCGACUUCGUCGGCAUCAGCCCCGUGCAGCCCGAGGAGUUGCGGCGCGUGGCAGCCACCCGGGUCACAGAUACCACGCCGGUGAAGCGGCCCACGGAACCUCGGGCGGGAGCCAAGCCCAGCACAGAAGUCCCAAGGUGGCCCCUGCCUGUGAAGAGGCUGAGAUUGCCCCCCACCAAACCAGAGCUUUCCAAGGAACAGGCUGCUGUCCUGAGGGCUGUCCUGAAAGGCCAGAGCAUUUUCUUCACUGGGAGUGCAGGGACGGGGAAGUCUUAUCUGCUGAAGCGUAUCCUGGGCUCACUGCCUCCCACAGGCACUGUGGCCACUGCCAGCACUGGGGUGGCAGCCUGCCACAUCGGGGGUACUACCCUCCAUGCCUUUGCAGGCAUUGGCUCGGGCCAGGCUCCCCUGGCCCAGUGUGUGGCCCUGGCCCAGCGGCCUGGUGUGCGGCAGGGUUGGCUGAACUGCCAGCGGCUAGUCAUUGAUGAGAUCUCCAUGGUGGAAGCAGACCUGUUUGACAAGCUGGAGGCCGUGGCCAGAGCUGUCCGGCAGCAGAAUAAGCCAUUCGGAGGGAUCCAGCUUAUCAUCUGUGGGGACUUCCUGCAGCUGCCACCUGUAACCAAGGGAUCCCAGCUCCCGCAGUUCUGCUUCCAGGCCAAGAGCUGGAGGAGGUGUGUCCCAGUGACCCUGGAACUGACUGAGGUGUGGAGGCAAACGGACAAGACCUUCAUCUCUCUGCUGCAAGCUGUGCGGCUGGGCAGGUGCUCAGAUGAAGUCACCCGCCAGCUCCGGGCCACAGCUGCCCACAAGGUGGGGCGAGAUGGGAUUGUGGCCACAAGGCUCUGCACCCACCAGGAUGAUGUGGCCCUUACCAAUGAGAGGCAGCUGCAGGAACUGCCAGGUGAAGUACACAGCUUUGAGGCCAUGGACAGUGACCCUGAGCAAGCCCGGACCCUGGAUGCUCAGUGUCCUGUUAGCCAGCUCCUUCAGCUAAAGCUGGGGGCCCAGGUGAUGCUGGUGAAGAACUUGGCAGUGUCUCGGGGCCUGGUGAAUGGUGCCCGAGGGGUGGUAGUUGGGUUCGAGGCCGAGGGGAGAGGGCUGCCCCAGGUCCGGUUCCUGUGUGGAGUCACCGAGGUCAUCCGUGCUGACCGCUGGACGGUGCAGACCACAGGGGGCCAUCUCCUCAGCCGGCAGCAGCUACCCCUGCAGCUGGCCUGGGCCAUUUCCAUUCACAAGAGCCAGGGCAUGUCCCUGGAUUGUGUGGAGAUGUCUCUGGGCCGUGUGUUUGCCAGCGGCCAGGCCUACGUGGCCCUUUCCCGGGCCCGCAGCCUGCAGGGCCUCCGCGUGUUGGACUUUGACCCCAUGGUGGUUCGCUGUGACCCCCGCGUGCUGAGCUUCUAUGCUACCCUGCGGCGGAAUGGGGCCCUCAGCCUGGAGUCCGCAGAUGAUGAGGAGGAAACCUCAGACCAGGAGAACGUGGACCCGAACCUGUGAUCUGCGAAGAGAAGAAAAGGGUGGUCUCCCCCUCCUCUUGCUCCCUAGGGAUCCCAGGGGGAGGGUGGUUAGUGUCCCUUUCCUCCUUUGUCGGGGGCUCUCAGUCUCCGGCCAGCUUUCCAUCCAUUUGCCAGCUGUGCCUCAGUUUUUCCCUUUGCCCUGGGUGAGCCACUUCCAGGGUGAGGAGUUGGCAAGGGGCCUGCAGUGGUAGCAGGUGAUACAGGACAGAGCUCUCUGCCAGCAGCUAGCCACAGGGCCACACAGCUGUGGGCGCUGCUCCCUGUGAGCUACAGAGAGGAGAGGCGGCAGGUGCUCCAAGAGGAGGAACAGGACGUAGGGGUCCUAGCAGGGGACUCAGGUCCGAAGCAGAGAAGGGAACCUGGGGAGAGUCUUCAUAGCCAGAUCCAGUCCUGCACAAGCCAGAACAAACACUCUCCUGAGCCUAACUUGAGAACACGCGCUGCAAAAAUAUGCAUCUAUAUCUUAAGCUGCUCUUUUGGGAAAGACAUCGUGGGAGUAUGGAUAUUCUCCGACUUUAUUUAUUUAGGACAAAUAAACUGGUAAACUGUGUGAA